UAGGAACAAUCGUCCAGCCACCACAUUCUGUCGAGUGGCGUUCGAUUGUAAGGGUAGAACUUGCUAAACAACAGCACUGUACAAGAUGCGCGCUUUCCAAGUUGCCUUCGUGUGUGUGACCCUAGUGGCUGUGGUACUGGCUGAAGCACCACUGCCCGGUGGUUUCGGUGGCAAUGGUGGCUACGGCAAUGGCGGUGGCAAUGGUGGAUACGGUGGUAAUGGUGGCGGUAACGGUGGCGGUGGUGGUUCUGGACCAGUGCUACAGAAACCGACCGGUCCACAAACGAUGGAAGGUUUGAUGAUCGAUCCUCAGCUGCUGGAACAGGUGAAGAUGGUACUGCUGCAGCACGAAAGCGAAUCUGCCUCCGGGAACGGUGGUUCGAACGGUGGCCCUAGCUCAUCGUACGGUCCACCACGCAACACCGACCGUAUCGUUGGUCUGAUGCUUGAGCAACCCGUCCAGAGCAUCCAUCUGGCUGAGUACUGGCAGGGUGAUCAACAACCUCCCACCAAUACUUAUGGACCACCGCAGUAGAUGUAGCAUGGCCGGGAUACGAACACAGAAUUUAAGUAGAAAAUGAAAACAAGAAGAAGCAAAAAAAAUUGAAAAAUAAAUAGAAAAUUUGUCACCGUUAAAAAAAAAUUAGA